AUACGUCUAACAAGUCUUAACAAGCUCCAAUUAGUGACAUGUAGGUAGGUACCUAGAGUUUCUCAUUUUACGCUUUGAGGAAGCAGUGUACCUAGGUAGAUAUUAAUCGACCUCGUAACAGCAGCUUUUCUCUAUAAGUUCAGUGACUGUGUGGCCUCCAGCAUCUUAGAAUCCAAUGUUUGGUACCUACAGACAACACAAUACUCCUUCCCUCAAAGCCAAUGUCAACAGUGCCUGCAUAUUCUGCUCAACCAAUUUUAUUCAUAUAUGAGUAAUUUACAAUCAGGUAUGCGUAUAUGUACUGAAAGCUUCAAUAGUACAUACUAAAAACAACACGGAUAUAAAUACAAAAAACAAAUCAGCAACUCAAACCAACACGCUACACUUUACCCACUAACUUUAGAAAGAACUACCUAAUUGAAUAGUGCACAUCAUUCGAAACUUUUCCCUUCUCUACCAUCAUUUACUACAACACUUUACUUUCUCUUCCUUAAAAGAAAUUACAGAUUUCAGUCAGAUCGUGGUUUCAAUUUCAACAGUCAGCAUGGAUAAACUGCCGUACGAUAUCUACGACAGGAUCGCCGCAUCACUGGAUGGCCCGGAUGUUGAGCGUCCAAAGCUGGCCACCAUUUCACGCAAAUGGCAGCUUGCUAUUGAACGUCAAACGUUCCAAGACAUUCUCCUGAGAAGUACCAACCUAAACCGCUUCAAACAAGUUGUUCGCGGUGAUCGCCGUCGAUAUGUCAAAAAGAUUGAGUAUAUCGUAUUGUUGCCCACGUACCAAGACUGGGAGCGUGGCCGUUUCGAACGUGAGGACGAGCGAAACGUUAACAAUGAAUCCUUUACGGUUGCAAUCCACGGUCUGUUCCAAAUUCUCAAGGACUGGAACGUCUUCAAGGACGGCACUUUUACGCUAGAGAUCCGAGAUGUGUAUUCUACCUCGGACCACAAGUUUUUGCGGCACUCAGACCCCUUGUACUGCGUCGGAGGCGAUACCAUCAACAUCAAGAAACCUGACCAGACUACAUACGGCCUCGACCUUCAAGCAUGGCGAUUCCAUUACUCGUACCUACUUCUUCAGCGCCUUUCCGCAUUGCCAUCUCUACCCGUGGUAUCAUCAUUCCGAAUUUGGGCUAUAACAAGAAAAAUCAGUCCAAGUUCAGCUUUCGGAAUGGUGAAGAAACUACCAAACCUUCAAAGGUUGGCCGUGGCUCUGAAGGACAGUGAAAUACGCUACAUUGAGUUUCGUCAGUCAUACCGAAAAGAACUCGCUGAGGCGAUUUUGAACAACAUGUCAACACUUUCCAGACUGGAGUACUUUAGAUUGAACACCUACAACGGGGUUUCCUGGAAUCCAGUUUGGGGCGCCAGAAGCCUGUUCCCCAAUAACGCACCCGCAGAUCCAUUAUCAGCUGCAAUUGGAACAGUGGUGGCGAACUCUAAGCGCCUGAAGGAAGUUGAUUUCAACUUGUGCAUGGAUGACGCACUAUUCUUGCCCAGCCAAAGUCGGGCUUUAUCGGUGCCCUACUGGUACAACUUGGAACAUCUCCAGUUGAUGAUUCCCAUCAGACGACCAUCCGGAGGAAGCUAUUUCCGAAAUAAAGAGCCGAUAGACGAUGAUCCUAGAAUCCUUCCCCCUCUGCUUACGCAAAUGCCUCCAGGAUACGGUUACAGCGCAGAAGAGGAUAGAUUGGCGGCCAGCGGGUUUUCACUCCCGGAACACCGUGAAAUGGACUUCGCUAUGCAUCGUUGUGAGGUGGUCCCGAACGACGAUGCUCUGGUGCCGCUACUAGAGUCUUUCGGACGCGCCUGUCUACAAAUGAGGGACCUCAAAACGGCCACGCUAGUCGCAAGUAUUCCCUCGGGUCUGUUACUUAGCAACGGCGAAACGAUGUAUAGUACAACUAUGUGGGGCGUCUGGUACAUCAAGCGCGGCUGCGCAGCCAGAGCCAUGGGCCAGUGCUUGCUCGGACCGGAGUACAGUAAAGCCCAGGACGAAGGCAAGAUCUUGUGGACUGUUGGUGAUUGGCGCCCAGACUUCGACCUGAGCCGCCUUCUUCGAAGCAUCGGACAAGAACCCAAGCACCGUGGACCUCAACUGACGGAAAAGUUCAUCGAGUUAUACUACAAUCCAUGGAAAGAGUUCGAGCUCAAUAGCUGGGAAGAAAAAUGGGGAAAUAGGCGCGCAGCAUGAUAGGUUCCAGCUGAGGAUCAGGGAAAGCAUGGCACCGUACCAUAGGUGGAUUCAUGGACACGUAUAUGCACGUGUUCUCUGGACGAUUUGGAAGAUAAUGAAGGAAAUGGGAGAAUGAACUGGCUUUACUGAAGGUGGCGGAUUACUGCGAUUUGCAUGGCCGGGAAUAUUGACGCAUCUGCAAGGUGGUAAAACGCGAGGAAGAUUUACUCUCAAUACCAGGAGACGGAUACCGGUAGUCACAGCAGUGGCUAUCUAUUUCCUAGCUAAACGUUGCUCAUGUACCUAC